AUGAAAGCAGAAUUGGAAUGUUUAAAAACAAGAGAGGAAGCAAAUGACAUGGAAACAUUUAUAGGAAACACGAAAUAUGAGAGAAACCGAAGAGAAAGUGUGUUACACCGCAAGGAGGCAACCAGCCUUCAUCAAGUCCUAAAAUAUGUCUUCGAAAGCAUUCUUCCCAAGAAACUUAUGUUAGAAAACAUAACGUUUAUUUUAGUCAAUGAACAAGUUGAUAGGAAAGAUCUUCUCUCGAGGGAGGUCCUAUCGUCGCUGUCUCAAGUGAUAGCUAUCAUCGACUUGGCGAGUGAGGACAAGAAGGCCGCAGCUCUCAGUUCUAUUUUACAUGUACCGCUAAUGAAGAUAGAUUCCAUCUCAGAAAAGUCUGCGAACACUUACAUCAUGUCGAUCAGACCUCCCUAUCACGUUGUAAUGCAAGCUUUGUUCGAUGUCAUGGACUUCUUCAAUUUCUCCAGAAUAGCGGUAGUCUAUGACGCCAGCCGAAUCAGAGAGGCAUCUUAUUUUUACGCUAAAGCUAAACGAUGGCCGCGAUUUAGCAUCAAAAUGAUACCAGAACUCAUUUUGAAUGACAGAGAAAAGUUACACAGCUCUCUGACUUAUUUGCUCAAGUCACGCAUCAAAGAAAUAAUCUUGUUAUGUGAUCAGAGAGACCUAUAUCACAUAAUGAACGAGGCGCUAUACGUUGGAAUGAAUGACAAAGACUAUCGCUGGAUAACACCUGAUUUGGAGGUGGCUGGUGCAAGUCAAACAUACAAUCACACGUAUCCCUCGUUUCUUGGUAUGGUGGGACUCAGGCUCCAUAUUUUUAACGAGAUUUUAAUCCGGAACUUGAAAAAUCGUGCGACAGGUGGAAAAGGAGCCGAAUACCCUUUGGCCGUGUAUGCAGCUGUCCACGACGUAGCGCUUGUGGUAGGGACGGCAGUGUGGAAUUUAUUCAACAAUGAUCCAAGAAUACCAAGGAUAGAAUCACGUCUAGACAAUGGUGCAUGCGCUUUACGAAGUAUAUCAAGUAAACGCAAGAGAUUAGGGUGGAGACUGCUAAAGCAGAUUAGAAAGGUGAAACUUUUCCACGGAGAAGGUCUGACAGGAGAAGUGCAAUUCAACCGUCAUACGGAUGAACGAAGAGUGCACGAUGGUCUGGACAUUGUGAACGUUGUUCUAAACAGAACCAAAAAGAUCGGCUCGUGGCAACCUGAACCUGGAAUGACAGAUCACCGUGUGUCUUUAAACAAUGAACACCCACAGUGGGUGGGGGAUUUCGCAAAAUUGGUUCAGUGCAACAAUCCGGGGAACAAUCUGCAUAACGAACCAGAACCGAUUCCAGUGCUGAAAGUUAUAACAGUUUUGGAACCACCGUUUGUAGAAAAGGUGAAUGACUCUACGCCAUUACCAGAUGGGAUUAUUCCUAAAAAUCUGCUUCAGGGUUUCUGUAUCGAUCUAAUUGAGGAAUUAUCCCACAAGGUAAAAUUCGACUAUGAGAUUCAUGUGGAUAACAGCUACAAAGGAAUGGUGGACGCGUUGAAGUCUCAGGCAAUGGACCUUGCUCUUGCACCAAUCACAAUAACAGCAGAGCGUGAGUUGAUCAUCGACUUCAGCAAACCGUUUAUGGACUUCAGUAUGAGUCUGAUCAUGCGCAAACCUGGAGAGCCUCCGAUCAAUAUAUUCGCUUUUCUUCUGCCUUUCACCAAUAAUCUGUGGCUUUCUACGAUUAUAGUGGUUUUGUUUAUCACCGGAAUGAUGUGUGUCAUGGACUAUUUGAGCCCUUUCGGUUACCGUGCUCGAGCUCGUGAUUCAAGCGAGGAGCCUGGAAAUGAGUUCAACUUGUUGAACAGCUUGUGGUUUGCUACAACGUCCGUUUUACAGCAAGGUCCGGACAACACUCCACUGUCUCCCUCUGGUCGCUUGUUAGCUUCCUCCUUUUGGUUUUUUAUAUUAAUACUGAUAACAACCUACACGGCAAACCUGGCUGCCUUUUUUACAAUUAAAAGAGUAGUUCAAACUAUUAAUUCCCUGGACGAACUUGCAAGUCAAAAUGAAACAAGAUACGGAGUCCUCAACACGGGUUCCGUGCAGAAAUUCUUCCAGAAUUCAGAAAAUCCUCUUCACAUGAAAAUGUUCUCUUAUAUGAGAAGUCAGCAAACAUUCGUCAACUCUACUUCAGAUGGGGUGAAAAAAGCGCGGACAGAAAACUACGCUUAUAUAACAGAAUACCCCUACUUGGCAUACUACAAUCAACAGAAGCCGUGCAACACGAGACUUCUGGACAAACUACUUCAAGCUAAAGGUUAUGGAAUUGGGCUGCAGCAAAACUCACCCCACACAAAUAAGAUUUCUGUCGUGAUCUUAGAGUUAAGAGAAAGUGGCUUCAUUGAGAAGACGCGGCGAAAGUGGUGGGACGAGCGCAGUCAAUGUCCAGAACCCUCCAAGUCUAAAACUGGGAAAAUACAGAGUCUUGGCGUCAACAACAUGGCUGGAGUGUUCUUAGUCUUACUCAGUGGUGUCAUCCUCUCGAUAAUUAUUUUGAUCAUUGAGAUACGUUACAAGAAGGCCGUGUGCCCCACUAGCGGCCAGAACGCUCUAAAGCGAUAUCUGGGAAGAAGAGGUUGUGGGGCGCAGAAAAAGUCAAGUGAGCAUUUGGCUACUCCCGCCAUUCAUGUCCACCCGGUCCCUCCUGUCACUUCUGUCAAUCCUGUCACACCGGUCACACCAGCAACACCGGUCACAACAGCAGCAUUGGUCACACGAGCAGCACCGGUCACACCAGCAGCACCGGUCACUCCGGUUCGAGUAGCUGUGGUGUUGUCCCAAGGAGACAAGGUCUUAGGGCACUUGAAGGACGAAAAAGGCAAAGGAAAAGGUUGGAAUAAAUGGUUUCAAGCCCUUGGAAAGAUUGAAGAAUCACGACGAUGAAAACGAGAAUUUUUGAAUAUUUGAGGCAGUUGGAUGACGUAUUAAAAAACAUUUAGCAGUGAUGCUAUGUCUUCGGCAUCAAUAAUUGAGAGCGCAUGUUGAGUGCAAAUUACCGCCGUUCAGGUAUUGAUCCUUUUCCCCUCACGCCACGAAGUUGCUUCCACUUAAUGGGUUUGUCGUGGCUAAAAGUUAACUGAGAAGUGGAUAGUGGGUGUGGAUCGUUUAGAAGUAAUCUUCCAAGUUCGAAGGGCUAACGCUCGAAACGUCAGCUUUUUUAUUCGUUACGGUGGCCAAUUUACAAUUUCAAC